GGGCGGGUAGCUGGGGCGCCUCCACCUCCUCUUCCUAAAGCGGCGAGGCGCAGACGAGCGGCAUCACUGGAGCCCAGGUCCCAGCCACCGCCACACACAGCGCCCCGAAUUAAGGAGUAGGAGCACCAGCAGAGGCGGCGGCAACAGCGGCCGGGGGGCGCCACAAAGGCCCGGGUCGAAAAGCCUGGGAGGGCCGCAGAGCUACCCCUGGAGGAGGAGCCAGUCCCAGCCCAAGGCGCCACCAGCACAGAAGCCGUGCGGAGUAGCAGUCGCUUUCAUGGCCCACUCACCGGUGGCUGUCCGAGUGCCCGGGAUGCAGAAUAAUAUAGCUGAUCCAGAAGAACUGUUCACAAAAUUAGAACGCAUUGGAAAAGGCUCCUUUGGAGAAGUUUUCAAAGGAAUUGAUAACCGUACCCAGCAAGUGGUUGCUAUUAAAAUUAUAGACCUUGAGGAAGCUGAAGAUGAAAUUGAAGACAUUCAGCAAGAAAUAACUGUUUUGAGUCAGUGUGACAGCUCAUAUGUAACAAAAUACUAUGGAUCAUAUUUAAAGGGCUCAAAAUUAUGGAUAAUAAAGCUGCUUCGUACAUCUAGGUGGUUCCCUUAUUUCGAAUAUAAUAUCAAGUUUGAAUUUUAUUGUUUUAAAUUUUCAUACAUGUAUGUGUGUGUAUUCCCCCCCCCCCCUAAGCUGCGAGCUGGUCCAUUUGAUGAGUUCCAGAUCGCAACCAUGCUAAAGGAAAUUUUGAAAGGUCUGGACUAUCUGCAUUCAGAAAAGAAAAUCCACCGAGACAUAAAAGCUGCUAAUGUAUUGCUCUCAGAACAAGGAGAUGUUAAACUUGCUGACUUUGGAGUUGCUGGCCAGCUGACAGAUACACAAAUUAAAAGAAAUACUUUUGUGGGAACACCAUUUUGGAUGGCUCCUGAAGUUAUUCAACAGUCUGCUUAUGACUCAAAAGCUGACAUUUGGUCAUUGGGAAUUACUGCUAUUGAACUAGCCAAGGGAGAGCCACCUAACUCCGAUAUGCAUCCAAUGAGAGUUUUGUUUCUUAUUCCAAAAAGCAAUCCUCCAACUCUUGUCGGAGAGUUUACUAAGUCCUUUAAGGAGUUUAUUGAUGCUUGCCUGAACAAAGAUCCAUCAUUUCGUCCUACAGCUAAAGAACUUCUGAAACACAAAUUCAUUGUAAAAAAUUCGAAGAAGACUUCUUAUCUCACUGAACUGAUCGAUCGAUUUAAGAGAUGGAAGGCAGAAGGACACAGUGAUGAUGAAUCUGAUUCUGAGGGCUCUGAUUCGGAAUCCACCAGCAGGGAAAAUAAUACGCAUCCUGAAUGGAGCUUUACCACCGUGCGAAAGAAGCCUGACCCAAAGAAACUGCAGAAUGGGGCAGAGAAAGACCUUGUGCAAACCCUGAGCUGUUUGUCUAUGAUAAUCACACCUGCAUUUGCUGAACUUAAACAGCAGGAUGAGAAUAAUGCUAGCAGGAAUCAGGCAAUUGAAGAACUCGAGAAAAGCAUUGCUGUGGCUGAAGCCGCCUGUCCUGGCAUCACAGAUAAAAUGGUGAAGAAAUUAAUUGAAAAAUUUCAAAAGUGUUCAGCAGAUGAAUCCCCCUAAGAAACUUAAUAUUGGCUUUCAUUUCAUGCGGACCCAGAGAAACCCACCAAAGUUACUUCAAGCUUAACAAUGCUUAACUCAUGAGCUCCAUGUGCCUUUUGGAUCUUUGCAACAUUGAAGAUGUGAAAGAAACUAUUCAACUAUUUUGUGAUGGUGUUUAUCAUUUUAUAUUUUAAAGAGAUUAUUUUGUAAGGAAUAACUUUUAAUACUAUAGUUUCAUCUGUUUUCUAGUAAAUGUUGAGAUAUAGUUUUGCUUUUAGAUAUCAUUAUUAAGUUACUAGGAUGAAUACCUUUCAUGUUUUGAUCUUUAGUUAACUAUACACUGAUGAAACAUACAGGUCUUUCAAAGUCAUUCUAAAUAUUCAACUUUUGUAAAUUAUCAAAUCUCCAAAAGCUUUUAAAAAAAACAUAAGCAUGUUCUAAAAAUUACUGUUGGUGGAGAGUUGCAAACAAGUCAUACCUUCUUAAAAGAGAAGUUUUUAAUAAACUCUUGGAAAUGGUACCUGGAAAAGUCUAGACUCUCCUACAAAGUUGGUAUGAUAUUCCACGUAGCUCAAUGGCAAUCACAUUGAAGAGCCCUGUGUUUAAAGCAUUUAUAGGCAACAUGUAGCAACAGGGGUACUUCUUGGUGUGCAGUAUUUAUCAUCUCUUUUAGAAGAGGAAAUUAACCCUUAUUUAACAUGGUUGAGGAUUUAAUGCAAUGCCAAGGAUGGGUUUUUGGUAAUACUGUAGGAAUUAAUCUUCAUUUUUUUAAAUUUUCAAUUCAAAUAGCAUAUUAUAUGCUUAGAUUUGGGGAGCUUAAAAAGCUGCUCUUCAUGUGAUUGAAACCUAAUCAACAGGUAGGAAUAUAAUUUACACCAGCAUAUUUUUAUCAUGGUAGUAAAAUAUGCUAUAAACUAUUUAUACAUUUUUGCUCUUCAUAAUUAUCUAGUAUAUAAGCAUCAUUUGUUCAUUUUUGAAAGGGUAUUUAAAUAGGAAUUUUCUGGUUCAUAUGAAAGUAACCAUAGUACAGGAUGAUGUCUGUCUGUACAAAGGUAAGUUAGACUGUACAGUUAAUUUUCAGUUAUAUUUAUGGUACUGUUAUGUGGGUAAUAUCUUUUUUAAGCCCAGUAUAUAUAUUAUGCCUGCCUAAGUUCUGAACUGUAGUUGUCUAAUUAUUGAUAUUAGUUAAUUUUGAUGGUUGACGUUUUAUUGUUUGGAACUGCAUAAUUUUGUUUUUGCACAAAAGUCAUUUUUAAAAAUCUGAAUAAUUGCCAAAUAUUAGAAGAAAAAUAUUCUUCAAGUAAAGAAUAUAGUUUUUAAUCAAAGUGGCCAUUACCUCCUCUUUUUGUAAGAAUAAAGACAAUUAAGUUUUUAUCAUGUCAUGUGCCAAGAAAAUUAUUUUCAUUGGUGCCUACACUUUAAAGAUUACUUUUUACACAUUGUAUUAUCAAGUAAUGGCUCAGUUAAAAAUUUCACCUUCUAUGGAACUGAAACUCAAUUACAAUUUAUAAUCUGUAGAAGUCAGGAAAUAAAUUUGCCACUCAUAUAAUGAGUUAAAAGAAUAUUUUUAUAAAAGUAAAAGCAACCAAUUUAUAAAUUGAUUAUUUAAAACUUUACACCACAACUGCAUCAUAAAUAGAAAUUGUAUUGCUUAUUCAUUGUAGUUAUUAGUCCUGUAAACUGUUUCUAGGUGAAGCGUACUCCAGUGUUUGGCAGGGGUGUAAAAUAAAUAUUUAAAUUUCAUGGUC